AUGGCUCGCGCUUCCAUUGUGGGCCUGACCCUGGCCCUGGCGGCCGUCGGCAGCUGCUUCCUGGGUGGGGUGCCCACGCAGCCCCCCAGGGCCCCGCCGGUGCAAAGCCACGUGGAGUCCCUGGGAGCGGCGCCAACGCAGAGCCAGAGCGAGGGCGGUUGCUCCUGGGCCUCGUCCCUGCUGAGCUUCGGCGCCGCCCUGGGCAUCGUCUUCGGCCUGGUGGCCGCGCAGCCGGCGAAGGCCAUCACUGCGGAGCAGUUCAGCCAGCUGACCUACGCGCAGGUGAGGGGCUCCGGCUUGGCCAAUCGAUGCCCCACGGUGGAGUCCAAUGGAACUGAGGUGCCUGUGAAACCUGGAUCCAAGAUGAUCAAUGUGUGCUUCGAGCCCAAGUCCUUUGCGGUGGAGAUUGAUACCGACAAUGGCAAGGAGUUCGCCACCACCAAGUUGACCACUCGUCAGACCUACACCUUGGCCUUCAUUGAGGGCAACUUGGAUCCUAAUCCCAUCACCUUCAAGGAGCAGGACGGCAUGGACUUUGCCGCAACCACCGUCAAGCUGCCCGAUGGCGAGUACGUGCCCUUCCUUUUCACCGUGAAGGAGUUGGUCGCGAAGGGCGAGGGCAGCUCCUUCAAACCCGGCUUCACCUGGGGUGGCGAGUUCAGCGUGCCAUCCUACCGUACAGGUGGUUUCUUGGACCCCAAGGCCCGUGGUAUGAACUUGGGCUACGAUCAGGCCGUGGCCCUGCCGGCCAUGCAGGCGGAUGGCAAGAGCGGACAGGAGGACAUCUUCAAGGAGACCAACAAGGUGUUCGACGUCGGAAGAGGCGCCAUUGAGAUGGAGGUGAACAAGGUGAACCAGGAGCUGGGCGAGAUCGGUGGUGUCUUCGUGUCCAAACAGCCCAGCGACACGGAUAUGGGCGCCAAGGAGCCAAAGACGGUGCUGCUGAAGGGCAUUUUCUACGGCAAGGCUAUAUGCGAGCUUCGGACCCCAGCUGAAGCAGGUGAAGAUCCGUGGAUCUUUGGAGAAGCUCUCCAGCAGGUGACCGAGGCGGAUGCGGCGGCCAAUGAGGCGCCCAAGCAACUCAUGGCGUUGAAAAGCUUGGAACGCUUGAGGGCCACGCGCGAAGAUGGUCACUUUCCAAGGGCCUUGCAGAUCAAACAACUUCAGGUCCUGUAUGGUGCCUUCCUCAGCGACCAGGAGCUGGAGGGCUACCCAGCAGAGGAGGCAAUCAAGGUCAAAACCACCAAGAGGAAUGAUCAUUCCCGUCGUUCCUUGGCCGCCGGUGACGCUCGCCGGUCCUUAGCAGAGACAGCCACGCAGAAGGGGGUCUUGGAGGAGGCAAUCGCCACGGGAGCCUUGACAGGUGGAGGCACCAUCCGUUUCCAAAGCCGCAAGACGCUCAAAGAGGGCCUGGAUCAGACGUCUGCGAGCCCAGAGCUGGAGAGCGUCUACUACUGUGGCAGGGACUGCCAGAGGAAGGACAUCGGUCGCCAUCGUCGGGAAGACGGCUGUGGCAAGCGACAGGAACUUGACGAGGUGUCGAUGCCCUUCGUGGUCCCCGAGGCUCCGUCGCCCCAGUCCCCGGUGCGUCGCAGCGUGGAGGGGCCGCCCUGCCUGCGCUGUGGCCACGCGGCGGAGGAGAAGAUCCACGCGGAGAUCGCUGCAAGGAGCAUCUUUGGAUCACCUGAUUGCAAACACGGGCCUUACUGCAAGAGUUGUUCCAAGAAGCUGGCGAAUCUGACGUUGGCCUUCUGUUCCGGCUGCAACGCGCUGAUUCAGCGCAUCGGCGACGGUGCCAGCAACGGCCACUGCAACGGCCACAGCAACGGACAUAGCAACGGGCACAGCAACGGACACAGCAACGGGCAUAGCAAUGGCAUCACGGAGACGCCCAACAAGCUGAACCUGGUGAGCUCUUUCAGUUUUAGUGGAAGCCCGGUGCCAUGCGUUACCACUGCACCCCAUGGUGCCCCAGAUGGCCCAAAUUGGCCCAAAUUGGUCAACGCGGCACAGAAGUUGCCACGCCGCGCCUUGCUGCGGAACCAGCACUACGAACGACACAGCGAGUUGCGCAAGACAGUGGGAAGACCCAGCACCGACUCAGCAUGUUCUGCGGUGCGUAGCCAGUCGGAAGCCAACGUGCGGCUGCAUGACCUGCUGGGCAGGAAACGCGAGCGCGAGACGCCUUUCUUGGAGGGCGAGGUCUUCCUUUACUCUUCCCAGAGGUUGAACAGCGCCGAGCUGCAGAAGGCCUGA